AUGCGAGAACCAGAUGAAGAAAAUAAGGAGGGUUUGGGCCCCGCAGGUCGACCAACUUCAGGCUGGGUUCUGGACGGCACCGUCAGGACUGCAGAUGACGCCGAACUAAUUGUAGGGGGCGCGGUCGCCAGGAGCGGAGGGCGGCGGCGGAGUCAUUUGGGGUUGACUUUCUUUGGAGCAGAGGUUGAACUUGGUCGUCAAUGGAACUGGAGAAGAAAAUUGAGGUUCGCCGCCCCUACCUCCACAUUCUCUUCGCGGCCUCUUCGUCUUCACUGUCGUCAGCGUCGCCACCAUGGUUGCGAACGAACUAACAACAUGACGAGAUUGGUUGGGCCACGAUGUGUGAAGAAAGGGAAGACGGCGGCAGUGAUGCGGCGGCAGAGCAGUGGAACCAUGUGUGUCUGGAAGAUUCUCCGGCCGGUGUCGCCGGAGGAGACAACCUUCACAACGUCGGGUUUGAGCAGCGGGGUCGGCGGAUGUAAACAAAGACGGCGACGGUCGCCGGCGUUAUCGAGCAUCAGCGAGCGGCGACGGUGA